AUGGGGGCGCUGCUGGCGCUCUGCCUCCUCCUGGGCUGGCUGCGCUGGGGCCCGGCGGGCGCCCAGCAGUCCGGAGAGUACUGCCACGGCUGGGUGGACGUGCAGGGCAACUACCACGAGGGCUUCCAGUGCCCAGAGGACUUUGACACGCUGGACGCCACCAUCUGCUGCGGCUCCUGCGCGCUGCGCUAUUGCUGCGCCGCGGCCGACGCCAGGCUGGAGCAGGGCGGCUGCACCAACGACCGCAGCGAGCUGGAGCACCCGGGCAUCACGGCGCAACCUGUCUACGUUCCCUUCCUGAUCGUCGGCUCCAUCUUCGUUGCCUUCAUCAUCCUGGGCUCUUUAGUGGCUAUUUAUUGCUGUACCUGCUUGAGACCCAAGGAGCCCUCACAGCAGCCAAUCCGCUUCUCACUCCGCAGCUAUCAGACAGAGACCCUGCCCAUGAUCUUGACCUCCACGAGCCUCAGGGCGCCUUCCAGGCAGUCCAGCACGGCCACCAGCUCCAGCUCCACCGGGGGCUCCAUCCGCAGGUUCUCCUUUGCCAGGGCAGAGCCAGGCUGCCUGGUGCCCUCACCACCCCCGCCUUACACCACAGGCCACCCAAUCCACCUGACCCAGCCGUCCGGUUUCCUGGUGUCGCCCCAGUACUUCGCUUACCCACUCCAGCAGGAGCCCCCGCUGCCCGGGAAGAGCUGUCCGGACUUCAGUUCCAGUUGACAGGCCACGGUUAUGAGUCCAUCAUGAAGUACAAUGGCAGACAGGUGGAGGGCUGCUGCCGUAGCCACAAGCAUUUCUGAGGAAAUUUCCCUUGAACCCAGCAACAUCAUGGAGGAAAGUGCUAGAAAAUACAGCGCCUUGUAAUCUUAAAGUUCUUAGCUCCACAGAAUGACUGUUAGGUAAUUGCUUUCUGGCUUGGAAAACAUGGUGACCGUUACAUUUCAAUUUAUGCUACUUUUAUUCAAAAUAUGCAGCUGUUCGACUUUAAAGUUACAAACUGGCUGAAGAUGUUUUAUUGGACAACUCUGCUAUACUGCUUAGA